ACCAUGCUGCCAUAAAACGACUUUCGUUUGGCUUUGGCAUACCCGAUUUGCCGUGCUUUCACAAGCAGCAGGAUAACAGCUGAUUUCUUUCUUCCGUCCCUGAGCUCUUUAAAUGAUCGAUCAGUUUGCCUGUGGUGUACAAAAGGAACAGCUGUAAAAGAGGACCAUUUGAAUUGCGCUUCAAACUGGAACGGAGGUGCAGUGCAGAUUCAUAGCUGCUGCAGUUGCAUGGCUUGCUCGUGAAUGCUGCAGGCUUUGUCCUUCUGCUUUAAAUGUGGAUCAAAUUUUCGCACCUUUGAAAGAAUAUCAUCCUUCUUUGUUCUCUUACUGCCUUCAAGUGCCUUGCAAGCAGGGAAACAAGCCGAAUAAAUUUCUAUCCGCGCUUUAACAAGCGGAAUUUUUCCUGCAACAAAUUUGGCCUGCAUCAUAACGAAAAUGACAACAGUAGCAAAAACUGUGGAUAACAUAAUCAAGGAUCGCCAUUUGAACCAAAUGGCUGCGGAAAGCGAAACGCCCAACGCGAAAACGGAAGAGGAAAUUGAAUGCUUGCGUGCCCAUUUGACCGCACAACUGCGGGAAAUCGAAAUAUUGGAGAGUAUGUAUAGCAUGCCGGGAGAGUUCUAUUUGCACAGUCCUACCGCACGGGCGGAUUUGGAAAAUUUUUGCAUGGAUAAGUCUCUCAUUGUUCCGACAGAGAUCUCAUACGAUAUUAAGCUACAGUGUGAGCAGAACAUUCCCCAAGUCCCGGCCACCGAACUGGUAGCCACUGUCACUUAUCCUCUCGAUUAUCCUCUCGCCCCACCCAACGUCCAUGUGCGCUUACUGAAUCACUAUGCAACACGCCAGCAUCAGCACUAUUUGAAUCGUGCGCUGACUUCGUGGAUAAAGAGCUUCUCCAAAGGUGAUCCGUGUAUUUUACAAGUGUUCACAUGGAUAGAGCAGAAUACCACCAGUUACGUGUCGUCGAUUCGCCCACUGCAGCUGUCUUCGUCAGAGAGUGAAGGAGAUCAGCAGCCGGCGGAAGUGGAAUUUGAGCGGCUGUGGAUCUAUAGUCAUCAUAUUUACGGGAAAGAGAAGCGGGAGAUCGUCAUGGCUAAAGCAAGGAAUCUGGAGCUUACGGGCUGGAUGCUUAUCGGCAAGCCAGGAUUGAUUUGCGUGGAAGGGAUGCGCCAGGAUACGCGAGCUUUCUGGGAACAAAUUCGACGUUUAUCAUGGCAGCGCAUUACUCUAAAGCAUCAAGAGAAUUCUACUAUUCCAGCUGAUAACGUAGCAAAAGAGCAAAAAUUUUCCAAAUUUAAGGAAAUUACCACAACUUCCGCCAAUAACAGCAACAGCGCAGGCGGCACUCAAAGCGGUAACCGAGAUAUGGGCGAAUUUUUCCGCUUCCUGAAGGAACACGACUGUGAGCAUAUCAUACAGCUGGUUUUUGGCAUCAAGAAUCAAAACAGCAACACGAACGAGGAAACAAGCUAACAAGGGACGUAUUUAAAUAGCAAUGCAUUUUGCGUGACGUUACAGUUUUGCGCGCGCGACUGGUUUUUUUAUCCCAUUUCUCCACUCAACCAAACCGUUGCAAUACGUGUUUUUUUGCUGGUUGAUUUUGCAAAGGCAGUUCUUGGUAUUUUGGUUGGUUUCUUCCACUGGCACCGUGUUCGGUAUAGUGCUUCUCUCAUUUUUGAUGCUUUGUUUUGUUUUCAUAAUUCGGUGCAAAUACCGUGGUUCCUAGGAGAAAUCCAGCAUCUGCAAAUAACGGAUCUGGCAUGUAGA